UCAAAGGCUGAGCGCGGCGAGCGGAUCGCAGAUCGCACGGUUCAGUAUUGGCUGUGGUGUUGGUGCGUGUGUCAUGGCUGCAAACAAUGGAAUUACAUCCAUUUAAACAAAACUCCACGCUCGCAGCGCACAAUUUCAACCACGAACCGGCUGAGGUGCUAUUGCUUUGAACGGCAGCCAUCAGUACGUGGUGUGAUAUGGCUACAGUCACGGCGCUCCAGAAAAACGGCAUCAAGUCGGGGCGUGCGGUGCCGAACGGCAACGGCCUUAUGCACCAGGUGCCUGAGCUAGCUAAUCUCACCGGCUUCACUACUCAAGUGGACCCAUGUGGCGACGGUGCACUCAGCCCAAUCAAGCAGGAGAUGGAGGAAGACGUGUGCGAUGAGGAGCCCACGGCAGUCGCAAUAAACAAUCCGCCUGCCGAGGAACCCGAGAUAGACAUUGUGAUCAACAAUGUGGUGUGCAGUUUUAGUGUUAGUUGUCAUUUGAACUUACGCGAGAUCGCGCUCAACGGCACCAACGUCGAGUACCGCAAGGAGAAUGGCAUGAUUACGAUGAAGAUCCGCCGACCCUAUACUACAGCAAGUAUUUGGUCCUCCGGUAAGGUUACGUGUACGGGCGCCACCAGCGAGCCGCAGGCGAAGGUGGCCGCCAGACGUUUCGCCCGCGCUCUUCAGAAGCUCGGAUUCCACGUGCGAUUCAACAACUAUCGGGUUGUAAACGUGCUGGGCACCUGCUGCAUGCCGUUCGGAAUUAAGAUUAAUUCCUUUUCCGAAAGACACAAAGAAGCCGAGUAUGAACCCGAAUUGCACCCCGGAGUUACGUACAAACUGAAGGUGCCUAAAGCAACAUUAAAGAUCUUCUCAACGGGCAGCGUCACUGUCACAGCACCUUGCGUUGCGGACGUGCAGUCAGCGAUCGAGCACAUAUUCCCACUCGUCUUCGAGUACCGAAAGGUGCGCACCGCAGAGGAGCUCGCUGCGCUGAGACUGCGGAAAAGCGCGCAGCAGCAACAACAGGAUCAGGACGUAGUGUUCGAGCUGACGGACGAGUAGCUCAUCGGACCAAGCGGGCAUACAGCACGCGCGACGCCGGCCAAAGGACAAAGGGGCGACAGAGACGGCCACGCUCACCCGGCGCGCCCACUCCGUCACACUGCCAAAUAAGAAAUCACAUACACACACACACAUACCCAUAUACCCCUCGUCCGCGUCGCGAGACUCCAAUACGGUGCGCGCGUGCGAAGACGCCGCCCGAUUUAGUGAUCAAAAGCAAUCAUGGACUGUUUUUCUCAAUUAUUUUCUACUAGUGUUUUUAAGUUAGGUUUUUCUUUAUUCUACGACGCCUACGUUAGUUACUACUCUGCGAUUAUGUAACCACGUCGCCGGAUGAAUUACUUUCCGUUUUUCUACGCCAAGCCGCCCGCGAAGCGCGAAAGACCUUAUUUAUGAUUUUUUAUGAAUUUCGUUUCGAAUGGAGAGAUAAGACGAGCGGCGUGAUUGUGGACAGCCGGCAGGACGCGCAUGGACACGAGUGUGUGCGGAGUGAACGAACAAGUAUUGCUUCCGGUCGGAUGUGCGCGCGCGCGCUCGUCCCGGCGGUGGAAAACGGGAACGCGGGCCCCGCGCUCUCCGACCACGCAGUGUCGCUCUCUUUUAGACUACUUCUUGCGCGCACGCGGCGCAAGCCACAACUUCGUUUCUCUUGUAACUAACUAUUUACUAUUAUUACCAAAGCUAUUAUUUUUAUGAUAAUUGAAACCUUGUGAUGAUUUUUAAUUUAGAGGUAUGUAUUUGUAGGGAGAUAUAUCGAUAUAUCAAUACCCCUUCUCCUCUCGGUCGGGACGAACGAAUUGCUCCUCGGCACACAAUUGCACGCAGCAUACAAACCCCUAUAUUGACGUCCCUCGAAAACGAAGCAACAACAACACAAACAAUUACGGAAACAAUUCGCAGACUGAACUGACUAUACAUAUUACCUAAAUAUAAUUGUAAAACUAUCGUUAGUGAAGAAGCAUACUACUAUUACUACUUGUACUAGAGUGUAUCUGUCGCGCGAGUCAUUUUUUGUACCAACAGUCAUCAUCAAUGUGCAUUCGCCACAGUAGUCCUUUUUGUAACUUCGACGAUGAUGCGUAGCGUGUGCUCGGACCACAGUCUCAUCGCCCAUGGCAUGGACGCACAUCUCAUCGUUCACCCCAGCCCCCCACGACAUGAUAUAUGUAAAGACUUACAUGCGAAUAAUGUUACAAUGUACAGUUGUUUCGAUUAAGUACCUAUAUAACGUGGCAUUUUCAAUAUGCUUAUAAUUUAUUUAACUAUUUCGUUCGAUUAAUAUUGUAUAACUUUAUGUUGACAGCACUCGCGAUUGACUGUAUCAGCAAUAAGAUUUGAUGGAAAUCGUAAGCCCAACAUGUGUUGCGCGGAGAAACAGAGUGAGAGUGAGAGAAUGUGCUCUUAGAAAUUGUUGACACUCAAUGUAACAAGAAUUCAUUGUCGAGGUGAACUUCUCAUUUACGAUUGUUUCUUAUGACUUGUAAUAUUGUAUCGCCGAGGAAUUAGGGCCUAAAUUUGUUAUUCAUGCGAUUGUGUUUUUAAACUUUACGUUAGCAUAACUUCGAAAACUGAUGAAAGCGAAUGCGAAACAAAGAGGAUGAAUAUACUCAGUCGUAAUAGUAUUAAAAACAAAAUUCUGUAUAUACUAGACGCUAUUUGUUUUUUUUUGUUUACUGCAACGAGUCGAUAAUUUUGAUGCUAUUAUUGUAUGAAUGAAUUCUUGAUAAGGCACGUCCGUUUAGUUACUAGUAACCUGAUCACACAACAUUGCAUUGUUGAUGAAAGACGUGUAGAGUUUUAGUUUGCUUUCGCAUUUCGAUGUACGGCAACAAAUGUAAGUGCGAAUAAACAUCUCCCAGAACAAAGCACCCACAUGAGUCGUGGCUGUUUUCAUUAGUGAAUUUGAAUUUUGAACUGUAUCGAAAAUUGUAAUAAGUAGGCCUAAGAAAAAAAAAACUAAAUUCAUUUUCACGCGUGAAGUUCGGUGUAUUGCGUGCACGCAUUUUUAUUUACUGGACGUCUGAACGAAAUGUUAAAAACUUGAACGCAAUGGGAAGUUCGAAUCAAUGUCAAUUCGUCAAUUUAAAAAAGAGAAAAUACAUAGUUUGAACAAAAAAACAA